GGUGAGAGUGGCUCUCAUUAGGAAGAACCUGUAGUUGUGAAGUCACGAGCUGCUGACAAAUUCUAAGUUUCAGUUUUCAUAUCUGGAGCCUGGAUCUCUCUGCCCAGAGGACAUCUCUGCUCACCACUCAGCCCACAGCUGACAACAGGAUCCACACAGCUUAGCACAGGUCAGCCUGGGAGCCCUGGUGAGCUGUACAGAAAACCUCUCAGACACACCACUGCUGACAUAACAGAGGCUGCUGCUAACAUGGCCAGCACCCCCUGCCCAGAGAGCGACAGCUACACAGAAGUUGUCAUUGAUUAUAUCCUAGACACACUGAGCAGUGAGGAUCUGCAGCACUUGCUGACUGAUGAUGUCGCCUGGGAGAUAAUAGUGGAGACGACUGAUCUGACCAGGAAGGAGGCAGAUGCUGUGCGUGAGGCUCUGACUGAUCUUCAAGCAGACUGUGAUGAAGACUUUCAGGCGAGGAAGAGGUUCUUGAAUGAAUUUCCUAAUGUGAAAAAGGAGAUGCAGGAGCACAUAGCCAAGCUCUAUGCCCUUGCGGAGAGGAUUGACAAGGUGCACAAGGGCUGUACCAUCACCAAUGUGGUGGCCAGCACUGGGGGUGCUGUAUCUGGCAUCCUGACCAUGCUUGGUUUUGCUCUGGCGCCUGUGACAGCAGGUGGCAGUCUGGUGCUGUCUGCUACUGGGAUGGGACUGGGAACAGCAGCUGCUGUGACUGGUGUUUCCGCCAGCAUUGUGGACCACUCAAACAAGGUGUCAGCGCAAGCUGAAGCCAGGCAGCUGCUGACAAGCAGACUGGACACAGGGAAGGAGGUUCUACAGGUUGUGGGUCAGGCCACACCCAAAGUUGUUGCUGCAUCCAAGAAGUGUGUGCAAACUUUCCAAAGCAUUGAGAAGAACCUCUAUGCACUUAAGGUGGCCCAAUCCAACCCUCGAUUACUAGCCAGGGCCAACCGCUUCAUUAAAACUGGGAAAAUCUCAGCUCGAAGCGGUAAGCAGGUGCAAAAAGCCUUUGGAGGCACCACUCUGGCAAUGACCAAAGGCACCCGGCUCAUGGGUGCAGCAACUGCAGGCCUCUUCGCCUUGGUGGAUGUGUACAGCCUUGUGCAGGACUCAGUGCAUUUGCACAAUGGGGCAAAGACAGAGUCAGCUGCAGAGCUGCGACAGGAGGCUCAGGUUCUGGAGGAGAAGUUAGAGGAGCUCACCGAGAUCUAUGAGAGUCUGCAGUCAGGACCUGACUAAGUGACAACUUCCUGAAGCACUGCAGAACUCCAGCACAUGUGCUUUCAAAGAGAGGAACUGGAAGUGCUGUAGAGGGGAAAGAGGGUGAGAUGGAGUCGUGAAGAGCACACCAGGGAGGGGUUAAACGCAGGGACCUGGGGCUUGACAUAAAGGACAAGAAGACCCCAACCAUGCGAGAAAUAGGAGGGAAGAGUUUCUUUUGUCCUAAGAAUUCACUGAGGACCUGGGUAGAAGCAGCUGCUGGAAGAAGCAGUGGGAAAUCGGGCACACAGAAGAGCAGGAGUUGGGAGCCACCACAGAACUGUCUGGGCUGGGAGAGGAAAUGGGGCUCUGCUUCCCACUCGUUUCCACAAUCUGGCAUCCAGAAACAGCACAGGCUACCCUUAGUGACCUCUGUCUCAUUCUUUCCAGUGUCAAUAAACUAUUAUCUUUGUCAGACAA